AUGGAGGGAAGACGAAUGCAGUCGAGCUAUUGGACUUCCACUUGGCCAUCGACCAUAGCGAUUCUGGUAUCAUUACUCAUGGCAACCAUCGUUCCACAACAUGUAACGAUUGCGCUCCCGGAGGGAGUGUUCCCGAUAGCAAAGCGCAUGAACAUAGAAACGUGCCUAGUGCGAUUCGAUGUCCAUCUCAAUACCAUCAUUCGAACGGAGGAAUCCAGAUCGAUGGGUGCCUGCUUCCUGGACGAUGCCGAUCUAAACACGCGCGAACAGUGUCUCCGGCUGUGCUGCGAAACGGAAAACUGUGAUGUUUUCGUGUUCGAGGAAAAGAGUCCCGGGACUUGCUUCCUCUUCCAGUGUGGUCCUCCGGAAAACUUCCGUUGUAAAUUCACGCAUCAUUCCAACUAUACAAGCGCCGUUCUAUCGAUGCCUCCGAUGGAACAGCAACUAGCAGUCCCGCUGACACCUCCCUUGGCCGCCCAGAUUCAGUCGUUAACGGCUCAGCAACAGUCUGCCGGUGGCAAGAAGCAUCUCUCGCAACAUGAAAUGGAACUGGUCAGUCUGAAGGACACUGGUACUAACGGUGGUAGCAAACAGCAGGUAGCGGUGGUGGCCAGUUUCGGUACAAGUUCAACAACCUCGCUCCCUCCAUUGGGUGUACGACUUGGGGAGACGCUUUCAACACCGAGUGCAAGCACGCCAAAGCACCAGCCGCCACCGCCACCCUCGUCGUCCCAGUGUGGUCACUUUGAAUUUCCCUGCCACUCUGGGGAGUGUAUUGCGGUGUACAACGUUUGCGAUGGCAUCCCGCAGUGCGACGAUGGGAGUGACGAAGGUCCCGAAUGCCCACAGAAAAACACGGGACCAUCGGGUGUUCCAGGUGUUGCUCUUAACCAACCCAUGGCUAUAAUACCACCGAAUGCGAUGGAUCGCUCCGGGCUCGGGGGAAACAAUCAACCAAUGGAAAUGAGAGGGGCCCCCAAGGCGAUGCUUCCCAUGUACCAGCCAUUAGAUUAUCAGCAACCACCGAACCGAUUCGGAGGUAUCGAUCCCGAACAGCAGCAACUUCAGCAGCAACAGCAACAGCAGCAGCUCGGUAAGCCCACCCUUAUGCAUCGCAACCGAGAAGACCCAAUGACGGCCCCAAAACCCUGGCCACGUCCCGCCAUCAACGAGCUUAACUAUGUUGAUUCUUCCGACAGUCACUUUUUCAAUCACAAGGGAGGGCUACAGCUCUCGGUGGCCAACAACAUGGGCUCGCUUGCCUCUCAACAGUACCAGGAGUCUAUGCCCGAGUCCAACUACAUGCCUUCGGCAUCCGUCGUCCGUGGUGGACAGUCCAGCUACCUGUCGCUCCCCGGUGGCAGUUCAUACUCCCAGCAACUACCACCACAAAUGACCCACGAUCAGCAGCAGCCGCAAUAUAAGCCCGCCAUUUCUCCGCAACAAUGGAUGGGAGGCGAUCCUGUGCGUCCAAAUUGGUCCAUGAAAGCGGCAUCGGAUCAUAUAGGAGUUGGAGGUGAUGGUGCCAUGGUGUCACCGCGCGAACAGUACAUGCAACCACCGGUCCAGCAGCGACGGCCAGAAAUGCAACCAGCCUCCAACAUGGAUCCUCUCGGAGCAUCGCAGCAGAAAACAUCGCAGCCACAAACACUACCAUCCAGUGGUCAGCAGUGGCCGGCUGAAGGACAAAAACAGCAAGAUGUUCCACUGCCGGUAGCUCCGACUGCCUCAGCUAGUAGCAGUUUCUCGGGUGAAGGCGCUUCCGGAUCCGAAACCCUUGCAAAAGAUGCACCUAACAGUGGACCUUUAGGUCAACCGCCGGUCGUUGCUGGUGCUGGCGAAAGUUCUAACGGAGUGAAACAUAAAGCCACUGCGGUGCAAGGUGGAACACACGAUGGUGACACGGAGUACGAAGAAGACGCUUACGAAGAUACAUAUCCGGAGUCCACGAACGCUGCUAGCGAUGGUGGCGCUGAAGCUGAAGAACCGACCCAAACGGAACCGCCGAAGAAAAAGCUACGCAAACAUCACAAGCACGAUCAUGGCGACAGUAAGAUCUUCAAUCCGUCGACCACCAACGAACAAGCGGAAGAUAAGCAGAAGAAAAGGAAGAAAACAAAAACCACCAAAAAGGAUAAGGCGCCGGACCAUCACCACGGAUCACCGUCGGACGAUACGAUCGUGCACGAGCACCUGAAGGCGGUUUUGCACAACGAUGUGGAAAUCGAAUUUCCCGAUCACGACGGUUAUGCGGACCGUCCGGGUGGAGCGAUGCUGUCGCUGACUCUGGGGGUACUCUUGACCGCAGCCAUGGGUAUUUUGCUCAGCUGCCGGAUGCGUGUGGCUCGACGAAGAAUUCGAAGACCGGGAAAAUCUUCAUACGCACAUGAUGCCGACUUUCUCGUAAACGGAAUGUAUCUGUAGAGCCGACUUGGCGGAGCCAUUUUCCAUCCAUAUUUUGAACGAUCAUCGAGUGUGUGUUAUUAACGAAAAGGUUGUUAAACUUAUUCUUUUUUAGCAACGUUCCGUUGUGCUGUUUUGUUAUUAGAAGUCCUUGCUGCAAUAUAAUUUUCCUUUAAACCAUACCAUCAUUAAACCGUUAUUAGAUGUACUUAGUGAAAUGAGCGACCAACAGACAGGAAUACAAAUAUUACAAAAUUGCCGUAAUAAACACCCGAUAUCAA